UUCACUUGUGCAGAGGGGAUACAGAGGUGGCCAGUGACGGUCGCUGCACAACAAGAGGAAAGGAGGAGGGAGGCACGUGGAAACCUUCUAUCAAGGUCAGAAAGGACUCGUCAAGCAACGGUUAUGUGGUUUGGAAAGCAGCAGCACUGUUGAAGCCUUUGGUCACUCAGUGUGAAAACCUAGAGCUGCAGCUGAACUACUGUGAAACUACAAGAAGAUCCAGCAAACUGUAGCAAACGCUGAGUCAGCAGACGAGCCCCCUAGAUUGAGGAAUUUCCUGGUUGGAAUUCACAGUGUGCACAUAUUUUCAGCCACCUGUCACUUCAUUCACGUUACUCAGUACAGCUCUGUGCAUGGCAGCUCACUGAAUCACACUGGAGGAUCUCAGCUACGCACCCAGCAGCUUUGAAUCACUGCAGGAUCUGGAUUCAUCUUUUUAAGUGACGCACUAAUGGAUCUUAUCAGCAGUUUCUGAAAACCAGUUUUUAUAGACUGAUCGAUUCCAGCCGGACUUCAGGAUUACAUAAAAUGCUGAAUUAUUCCAACCUGCAGCAGCGGUAAAUCCAUGCUUUCUAGUGCGUUAAAUGCAUUCUAGUCCGGAUUACAGUCUUAUCACAUGAAACGGUGCAUGCUGUUAAGUCUGAGGUGGAUAAUCUACACAAACACACUGCUGCUUUCACAGACAGCAGCAGGUGAUUUUCACUUUUAAGUUAACAUCCAGUCAGGGGUUUGGUUCUGGGUCCAGAUGUUCCUUAACACGGUGCUGGUGGUCCUGACGGACCUGGCAGCCCGGCUCCUGGGUAACACUGUGUUCCGGCAGCACUUCCACCUGUUGCUAUCUGCAGUUGUGAUGUUCGGUCCUGCACUAAGCUUCUGGGUCUCCCAGCACAGUGUCUUUGCCAAGAGAAGCCACUUUCUCUACAGGAUGUUCCUGCGCUCUGGCUGGGGCUGGACCUGCAUCUUUGUCGGUUCCUUCGUCUUCCUCCUCUCCUUCUCCAUCCGUCGUUCCUUUGCUCUCUCCCUCCGUCACCUGUCCAGGCUCGGGGUGGCAGGUGGGCUGUGGCUUUGUUUCUGCAAACUCUUGGACCGCCUGGAGAAUGCCACAGGAAGCUGCUAUGAACCUCUAAUCGCCAACACAGAGGUCACCAAUGGCCAGCCUCUGCUGGUGUUACGGGAAGGGGAGAUCAAGUCUGAAUGUCUCAAAGCUGGGAUGCUGUGGAGAGGAUAUGAGGUUUCAGAGGAUGUCUUCCUUCUCUGUCUCUGCUGCCUGCUGCUGGCAGAGGAGACAGCCAUCUUUGGUCCUUAUCUAACUCUGGGAGGGAUCUCAGAUGCUCCUCUGAGGAUCCUCUUCCUGUUCUGCGUUCUCUUGCUCGGGCUCUGGAUCUUUCUGCUGCUCUGUCUCUUAGCUUACUUCCCUCAGUUCCCCACCCAGUUGCUGGGGGGCGCUCUGGGCUGCCUGAGCUGGAGGGGACUCUAUCAGGGUUGGUACCGCAUGAGGCCCAGCUGGUACUGUCCCGGGAGGCCUGGACUGGGACUGCUCAACACCAAGACCAGCAGCAAUGAACCUGGAGACGGACAACUGAGCCAUGAUCACUGCGAUAACUGAAAAACACAAAGAUCUUCAAACAGAUUACAGAACUGCCACAAAGACAAAUUAAAUCAUUAGGUCACGGUGGUUGUUUAGAGCUGAUUCUGUUACCAACACAUAACCUGUCCAUUUGUGUUUGUUGUCCUCAAUAAGAUCAGCAACCCUUUAAAACUCUGAACAAUCAAAUGAACUGAGUGGGCUACAUUUUUUUGAGACAUCAUAACAGAGAGACACAGGAGAAGACAGGGGAAUCUCCACAAGACAAAAUUUUAGAGCUGUAGACAGCAGUGGCCAUUUACAGGUUGGUAUGGAGUACCUGAAAUGAUCUGAUGGACAUGUGAUUUGCUGGUUAACAUCCAAAUCUCUCCAAUACUUAAAAAAUAAAACGAGAACUUGUGUAAUAAGACUCAAAUUCUGUA